UUCUCUUUUUCUCCUCCAGCUAAAUAAGAGAGUCAUUCUGAGCUUCCUGCAUGCACAUGGAAAGCUCUUCACCAAAGUGGGAAUGGAGUCCUUCCCCGGAAUGGCCACCCGUGUUCUGCUGGAGUUUAAGACGCUGCUUCAGCACAGCCCUUCACUACUGGGCAGCACGCACAUGCUGCAGAUCAUCACCAUCAACAUGUUCACAAUACACAACGCCCACAGCCGAGCUGAAGACAAGGAGGUGCGGUCCGUUUUACAGGAGCAGAGCACCGCCCUGGGUCUGGGCAUGUUUGCUCUGCUGGUGCAGCGCUGCACCGAGCUGCUGAAGGAAACUCCUACAGAACCAGUCCCCAUGGCAAAUGGAGAGGAAGAGGGCAAAGGGGAGGAGCUUGAGGGUAUGGUGAGGGUCUCUGCCUUCUCAUUGGACCUCAGAGAGCUGCUGCCAAGUAUCAAGGUGUGGUCUGACUGGAUGUUGGGACAGCCAGACCAGUGGAACCCACCACCGUGCAGCAUAGACGGCAGCCCUGAUGUGUGGCAGGGCCUGGCUGACCUGUGUAACAUGCUAGCCCGUGUGGACCAUGAGGAGGUGCCGCUGUACAAAGCCGACACUGAAGAAGUUGAUGGCGAUGAGGAGCUGACCGUGCUGCAGUUGAAGGAGGACCGGCUGCUGGCUGGCUUCGUGCCGCUGCUCGCUGCACCACAGGAGCCUUGCUACACAGACAGACACACUGACGUGGCAAUAGCAGCAGAUUGUAAGAGAGUGACGGUGCUGAAGUACUUUCUGGAGGCUUUGUGUGGACAGGAAGAGCCUCUGUUGGCCUUCAAGGGAGGCGAAUACAUCUCUGUGGCAACUUCUCCUCCACUUAACCACUCCAAGAAUACAAAGGGCAGGCAGGACUCUCAGACAGAGAAAGAGGCUGAUGACGUCAUAAUUGAGGCAGAGUCGUCUCUCUCGGCAUCAGAGGGAGAGGAGGACGCCGAAGAUGUGGGAGACAGUGAGAAUGACAUCAGAGAACUGAAGGCGCGACGCCAUGUUCUCACCAACAAACUGGCACAGCAACAGAAGCGCAGGGAUAAAAUACAGGCGGUGCUGCAAACAGGCGGGCAGUUGGAGCUGGAAGUGAGGCCUCGGUUUUUGGUUCCAGAUACCAACGGAUUCAUUGAUCACUUAGGAGGCUUGAAGAGAGUCCUUCAGUGUGGAACAUACAUUAUAGUUGUGCCACUCAUCGUGAUUACAGAAUUAGAUGGCUUGGCUAAAGGCCAGGACAACUUUGCUGGAGGAAUGGGACCAGGAGGGCGCAUCACUGGUUGCCGUGGCAACUAUAAUGUCAAUACAGCCCAUGUGCGGGCCGUGCAGGAGAAGGCCCGGCUGGCGGUGGGUUUCCUAGAGAAAGGUUUCGAAGCCAGGGAGCCGUGUCUCAGAGCUCUGACCAGCAGAGGGAACCAGCUCGAGUCUAUCUCCUUCCGCAGUGAAGACACCUCUGGACAGCAGGGUACCAAUGACGAUGUGAUUCUGUCCUGCUGCCUCAACUACUGCAAAGACAAGGCCAAAGAUUUCAUGCCUGAUCAGAGAAACGGGACAGUGAAGCUCCAAAGGGAAGUGGUGCUCCUUACAGAUGACCGUAACCUGCGCGUCAAAGCUUUGACCCGCAACGUCCCAGUGCGAGACAUCCCUGCUUUCCUCAGCUGGGCCAAAGUGGGCUGAACCAGGCUAAGCUGGAAUCAAAGGAACCCAACUGCGGAAGCCUGCUUGCCAGCCAGCCACGAGAGAAGACACACUUGAGCAGAGAAGGAGGAGGAAAUGAUCAAGAAAGAGUAGAACCACUUCUUAUAAAAAUCAAGCAAAUGUAGUGAGAGCAGGGUGGGUUAAAUGAGCCUUUUCCCUCUUGUGGUGAAGUGUGUGUGUAUGUAUGUGUUAAGAUCAGAGAGCUUCCCCUGGAAAGAGACAGGGAGACUUGAGAAGUCUCAGAAAGGCUGGAGCCUUGAGUCUCUGCGCCUAGUUGGUGAGUGUGUACUCUGCAAGUGGCAUUACAUUUGAGGCUGAUGACAAAAUGAGGCCGUGAGAAAGAGAGUGUUAAUGGUCAUUGAGUUGAUUAAAGACAACUAUAUUGAAGGCCAAAACUGGCGCUUCCACACUUCUCUUAGGGCCCAUAGACUGCUGUGUUCCUACAGCAGAGCUGAGAGGGUGGGCACAGCUGGAGGGUCUUUGUCAGUGCUGUAAAAAGUGGCUGAUUGUAGUGAGGGUAAUUUGGCCCUAAAGCAACCCUCGGCACAUCCAAGGAAUCUCAUGCCGGUUAUGGCAUUUCCUGCUUACCCAGGAACUUUGUGUUGCCUGAUAGGUAACCUUGGUUUUCCCUCCAGCUGCAUACUAAUAUUGAGUUUGGCUGAUGCAAGAAAACUAUUUCAAACAACAAAACACAUUAUUUAUUUAUUUAGCUUUGGAGCUUUUAUUUCCAGCAUAGAUUCAUUUUCUCCACUUUGAGCUUUUGACAAAAAGCCUUGUUUUAUCUUUACAUAUUGGUGAAUUUAUUUUUAAAGAAUUAGUUUCUGUUUUUGAGCAGUACACCAAUUCACAGGUAUUUGAUGUCAAGACUACUCAGUUGUUCUAUCAUCUAUCCCUUCAUUUCGUUUUGUUUAUACCCAGGUCUCCUUUACGUUGACUGUGGAUACUUUAUUAUCGAGUGCCAUUAGUGAAUGUUUCACUUUUUUUUCUAAUUCAUCUUUACCGUCAAUCUUUCUUUUAUCUUUUCAGUUAAUACCACCACAGCAUUUAACCUUUACAAUGUGAUUAAUCACCAAUUGCAGUUUUCCUCUGUCUGGUUUUUCUUUUUGUUUAGGUCCUAUGUAUUUCUCUUUUCUAUACAUGCAGUAUACCGCCACAAAUUACAGCCAGUAAGAGUCACCUCAACUUUAAGCAAUACAUUUCUGAUACACUGUCUAAAACACAUAGGAACUAUUUCUGUUUUUGGGACAGUUUGAGGAGAGACUGAGUUAUGGUGUGUUUCUGUCUGCAUUUGAGACAGUGUCUGGAGGCUCUUAAUAGAGUAGUAAUAGUAUUUUACACCUGUGUUAUCUUGUUAUGUUUCAUCAUAUGCAAUACAUUCACUUGCCACAGUUUCAUAAUAUUAAUUUAAAAAAAUACUGUGUAUAGAAGUGGCUAAUCCACUUUGUUCCUUUUUCUUCAGCUUGGCUCGUACAGUUUCUAUCAGCAGUUGAUGUUUCAGUAUUUGUGAGAACCUGUUGAGAGGUUUAUUGGCUUUUUCAGCCACUUUUUUCUGUUGCUAAUGAAUGUUCAGUCCAAUCUACUGUGUUAAGUGGCUCUGCUGCAGUGUUUUAGUGUAGGAGAAUAAUUUAGUAAAUACAUGGUUAAUUUAACACAUAUUAAUUUUCAUUUAUCAUCAUUAAAUAUCUUUUGAUGGCA